CUUGAUCUCCAUUUGACAUAAAACACGCUUGAAGUCAAGCUUGACACACCAACACACACCGGCAAUCGUGCUUCGGAGGCGGCGCGGCAGCUAGCACUGUUUCUAUAUAUAUAUUUAUAUAAAUAAAUAUAUAUAUAUAUAUAUAUAUAUAUAUGCUGUCACAGUGCAGACAGGGGUUGUAAACAUGGCGACGGACGGGAUGGUGCUCACCAACCACGACCAUCAGACCCGAGUGGGGAUCCUCACAGUCAGUGACAGUUGUUACAAGAACUUGGCUGAGGACAGAAGUGGCGUCAAUUUGAAGGAUCUGGUCCAUGAUCCAUCACUGUUAGGUGGUGUCAUCACAGCCUAUAAAAUUGUCCCAGAUGAGAUUGAUGAAAUCAAGGACACUCUUUUGGAGUGGUGUGAUGAACAGGAGCUUAAUCUCAUUCUCACAACUGGAGGAACUGGAUUUGCACCCAGAGAUGUUACACCAGAGGCAACCAGAGAGGUGAUUGAGAGAGAGGCUCCAGGCAUGGCUCUGGCCAUGCUGAUGGGAUCCCUUAACGUCACGCCACUUGGCAUGCUGUCCAGGCCUGUGUGCGGUAUCCGUGGUAAAACUCUGAUCAUCAACCUACCAGGGAGCAAGAAAGGCUCUCAGGAGUGUUUUCAGUUCAUCCUUCCGGCUCUGCCCCAUGCCAUUGAUCUGCUACGCGAGGCCACAGUCAGGGUCAAAUCUGUACACGCCGCAUUAGAGCAGCUCCCCUCUCCUUCCUCUCUGCUGGCCAAUGCGCACACCAACACACAUGCCCACUCACACACCAUGGAGCGUGGCACCCAGUGCGAAGAGGAGGACGAUGAGGAGGAAGACAGGAGGCGAGGUCGACAUGCACACCAUCACCACCAUCAUCAUCACCAGCAUGGUUCUUCCCACAUCACCGCAGCUGCUAUUGCUGCAAAGACCAGCCAUGCCGUGGUCAUGGCUAAGGGGGGUCCCUAUCUGCCCAGCAAUACGCCUGCCCCUCCCACUCAUUUCACCUGCUCCUGUAGCCAUGAACAGAUUCCGGACUCGAUCAUUUCUCGAGGUGUUCAGGUGCUUCCUCGAGAUUCUGCCUCUUUGAGCUCCACCCCUUCUGAGUCACCACGGGCCACACAGGCGACCUCCCGCCUUUCCACUGCAUCAUGCCCGACACCCAAGGUCCAGUCCCGAUGUGGCAGUAAUGAGAACAUUCUUAGAGCUAGCCACAGUGCAGUGGACAUCAGCAAAGUGGCACGACGUCAUCGCAUGUCCCCGUUUCCACUGACAUCAAUGGACAAAGCCUUCAUCACUGUUCUCGAGAUGACUCCCAUUCUAGGAAUUGAAGUCAUUAACUACCGAGAUGGUUUGGGUCGAGUGCUCGCUCAGGACAUCUAUGCCAAAGACAACCUUCCUCCAUUUCCAGCCUCUGUUAAAGAUGGGUAUGCUGUAAGAGCUGCUGAUGGCCCAGGAGAUCGCUUCAUCAUGGGAGAAUCACAGGCUGGACAGCAGCCCACUCACACAGUGAUGCCAGGCCAAGUCAUGAGAGUGACCACUGGAGCUCCUAUUCCUUGUGGUGCUGAUGCUGUUGUCCAAGUGGAAGAUACAGAACUACUGAGGGAGUCUGAAGAUGGCACAGAAGAGUUAGAAGUGAGGAUUAUGGUCCAGGCUCGACCUGGGCAGGACAUCAGGCCAAUAGGUCAUGACAUCAGGCGAGGGGAGUGUGUGUUAGCCAAAGGAACACACAUGGGCCCAUCAGAGAUUGGUCUACUCGCUACAGUGGGAGUGACUGAUGUCAGUGUGCACAAGUUCCCAGUGGUGGCUGUCAUGUCCACUGGAAAUGAGCUGCUGAAUCCAGAGGACGACCUCCACCCUGGGAAGAUCAGAGACUCGAACCGUUCCACUCUGCUGGCCACCAUCCAGGAACAUGGAUACCCCACUAUCAACCUGGGUAUUGUUGGAGACAACCCUGAUGACCUGCUCUCGGCUCUCCAUGAGGGAAUCAGUCGGGCUGAUGUCAUCAUCACCUCAGGGGGUGUGUCUAUGGGAGAGAAGGACUACCUGAAGCAGGUACUGGACAUCGACCUUCAUGCUCAGAUCCACUUUGGCCGCGUCUUCAUGAAGCCAGGUCUUCCGACUACCUUUGCAACUGUUGACAUUGAUGGAGCACGGAAACUCAUCUUUGCUCUGCCAGGUAACCCAGUGUCUGCAGUGGUAACAUGCAAUCUCUUUGUGAUUCCUGCCCUGAGGAAGAUGCAAGGCAUUUUAGACCCCAGACCUACAAUUAUUAAAGCGAGGCUUUCAUGUGAUGUGAAGCUGGAUCCGAGACCGGAGUACCAUCGCUGUAUUCUCACCUGGCAUCACCAGGAGCCACUGCCUUGGGCCCAAAGCACAGGUAACCAGGUGUCCAGCAGGCUAAUGUCAAUGCGCAGUGCCAAUGGCCUGCUGAUGUUGCCUCCUAAAACAGAGCAGUAUGUAGAACUGCACAAGGGAGAAGUUGUGGAUGUCAUGGUCAUCGGACGACUAUGAUGCAGAUUUUCACUUGUGACGGUGGUGCUUGGACCUCCUCGGGGGCAAGAAUUAAAGCAUGUCUACCUGGCCGCUAUUAGCUGUGAUGUCAUAUGCAACAGCCAAUUGGAGCCAGCAGAGGCUGAAUUCUCAUAUGUCUGCAUUGAGAAAAAUCAUUGUAUUUCAAUGAAAAAAAAAAGAAGAUUAAUAUGAAAUUUAUUCUGUAAUAUGAUAUAAUUCUCCUAAUUAGAAUGAUUAUUAAUAUUCUUACUUCAUAUUCUAUUAUUAUUAUUAUCAUUAAUUUGGUAUUGAUGAUCAUCUUAGUAGUACUCAUAUUUCCUGUUCAUUUACAUUGUGUGUUCAGCAUUUUUUCUUAGUAGAUAUAGAGAUAUAGAAUGAUUUCUUCUGAUUUCUCAACACCCCCUGGACUUUUUGUUUUCUUCCUUUCUGUUCAUCCAUAUAUGUAGAUACCUCUCCCCGCUUAAUCCACUGACCCCUAUGACUUUUUUACCCUUCCACACAAGAACUGCUUUGUAUUACACACUAAAAGUCAUGCCGACUAUCCUCAAUGAAAGCCAUGCAACUAUUUAAGGAAGUCAAUUUUAUUUAUAUAGCGCCAAUUUACAGCAAACAUUAUGUCGAGGCACUUUACACAUGAAGAAGAUGGAGAAACAUGCUCUUCACACAGUCAAGAAAAGCAACUGGACGUCCAAAGAUUUAAGGUGGAUCUAAUAUUAGCAAAGCCUUAACGGAAUGACUUAGUAGCCAUGACAUAAACAAACAUUGAAAUUAAUACUUUCAGAAGUAAGUGUCUGAAACCGGCAUAACUCGACAAUAUUAUUUGAUGCAAGUGUCCAAUUCGACAAAUAUGUUUAAUUCCUGGUGAUAUUUCCUGUUCCAGGAUCACCUGCUUGAAGCGUGUGGAAUAUUUUUUAUAUAUUCCACUUUUAUUAUUGAAUAGUCAACAAUGUCUAUAUCACUAGGGGUGUAACAGUACAUGUAUUUAUAAUCAGGUUUCUCGUUACAGAAGUUUUGUUAUGUCACAGCCAGAAUGUUUACAUGGACUACUCAUGUAAAGUUCCUUACUCGGUAAACAAAUACUGUGCAGCCCAGCCUUUGGCUCGCGGGAGUCAUGGCUAGCGAUGGUGCCAAGGAGAAUCCACAGCCUGGAGACCCUCUUCCGUCAUUAAAGUCUUCUGUUUGGGAAUACUUGGCCUUCUCCGUGAAAUGCACAAACGGACAAAGACAAGUGGAUAAGAUGAAAUCAGUGUGCUGGCAUUGUUCAAGCUGAAACAAUUAAUGCUGCACUUCAGCAAAUAAGGAACUUUCAUUUAUUAAAAAUAAAACAGUAAUUGUUCAAACUCUUACAGCUGCACUUGUUUGCAUCUUUGCACUUCCCUAAAAAGAGAUGUCGUAAGCCAGGGUGUAGCCCGGGGCCAUUUUUGGGACGUCACUCGUUUUUUUUAAUGGCCCUUAGCAUAUUCUAUACAGUAAUUAGAAUUAAUUCAUUACUAAUGAGGUAUUUUUAGAUAUUAUGCUAAUUUGCUUUGUCACCUAUAAAAAAAAGCUUAGCUGUCGAUAUUUUGAUCUACACUGGAUUAGUUUUAGCAUUUUUUUAUGCAUAAAAUAUAUCAAAGUAGUCCCUCACAAUUUUUCUGUAUGCUUUAUCUGUAGAUGUGUAUUUUUUAGAACUUAGAACUUUAGUUACAGUCUUCGAGAAUUAUUCGUUUUUUAUGUUUCAUUUAAAAAAAAAAUCAUUAAAGCUGUUUACACAAAAGUAUGACCUUAAAACCAAGCUAUGGACCGAACCGUGAUUAAGAAGUACCGUUACACCCCUCUGUAUGACAGAUUUAUGUUUGAAAAUAACAUUGCUGAUGUCACUGGGAUUUGACAUGCUGUUACCAAUCGGCCUGAGUUAAGGAGGUGUGGCGUUUCCCAGAAAUGGUCAUUUAAUUUGCCAGGGAAAAUUUAUGGCAAAUGACAUUAAAGGUGCGCUUUCCUUAAAGUAAAUGUGAUUACAUAGUGUUGACCACUAAAACUUAGAUUUUCUUACAUACUUUUAUUUAUCGUUUUUACUCUUUUUAUAUUAGUUAGCAAGCAGUUUUAUUUCCUGCUUUUCUUUCAUGGAGAUAAACAUGCAAGUACAUUCAUGUUGCAUUGUCGAGGAAUGCAAGUUACUGGAGCUUAAAAGACUAAACGUGAGUACAAUAAUAAAAUAUUUCUUUUUAAUGCUUCACUUUGAAACCCAUUUUCUUUAUACAGGUCAAAUGCUACAUUGGUACAAAUACAAUACAGGGCUGGUAUUUCUGAUACUGAUAUCGAUACCUUUUACUUGAAAUUUUCCAAGAUCAUUGAAUGAUUUUGUGAUUUUACUUUUAAUGUGUUGAUCAUGAUUAUAAUCAGAAUGAAACACAGGUCAGCGAUUUUAGGCAAACAAACUUGUGAACAAUAUAUAAAUUGAACAAUAUAAGACAAUGUAACAGUAUGAACUAAAUAUCAUUCCCUACAUAACAUUUUUUUUUUAGCAAAAUAAAGACAUUAGUGCAAAAUAACACAAGCAAAAGCUUCUAUUGGCUCUUACUCAAAUGCUUUGACUGUUUGCUCCCAAAGCUCUCCAGUGUCCAAGAACAUAGUUUGUAAACAAUAAACCGUAUAUAAAUGUAACAAUAUCAACAAUGUUACAACAUUCAUUCAUUCCUUUCCUGUGCCGCUUAAUUCUCAUUAGGUUCGCGGGGUGUAUGCUGGAGCCUAUCCAAGCUGAGUUUGGGCGAGAGGCGGGGUACACCCUGGCUGGUCGCCAGCCAAUCGCAGCAAUGUAACAACGACAAAAAACAAAACAAAACACAAAGGCAUUUGUGAAAAUAACGUAGAAAAGAACUGGAAAAAUGUUGAUCUCAUCACGUUAGUAUUUGCUCGAUACUGGUAGCGAUAUUUGGAUUGAUCUGCCCAACCCUAAAAGUCAGAAAAGGUAACAUUUUAUUUUAUUUUAUUUUAUCUACUUUUAUUUUUAUGAGAGAUGCCACAGUGAUCAGAUUCCCUGGGGGUUUUGUUCCUUGCUUAAGGGCACCUUGACAGUGCGCAGGAAGCAGGCUAACAUUUCUCCAACCACCAGUCCCAUCUAUCUAUCCAGUUUCUAUGCCAAUUAUACUCAUUAGGUUUGCCAAGGCUAGAGUGCGAGGCGGGGUACACCCUGGGCUGGUGGUCAGUCAGUCACAAACAACCAUUCACAUUCACACUUACAUUCAGACCUAUGGACAAUUUAGAGUAUUCUACGAACCUAACAUGCAUGCUUUUGCAAUGUGGGAGGAAGUACCAAGAAAAAACACGUGCACACACAGCAAGUACAUACAAACUUUGCACAGAGAUGACCCGAUAGAGGCUGACGUACUCGGCCAUCGUGCAGCCCACCACCAGUCACAAAUUCUAUAUUUUUUUUGUCUGCAGCUGCUGUCGCCCUCUGACUGCAUGCGAUAGUCAUGUCAAAUCCCUCAGUGUUAUAAUCCAGCAGCAUUUUAAUCGCCAUCUUUGUUUCCCAUGCUCUGCUUUUUGCGACGUAAUUUUCAAUGCAUCAUUCAGGUUCUUAGAAAAAGCCAAAAAAACAUCGGAAUCCUUUAACAAAAACGUUCUCUCAUUGUACUGUAUGCAGUCCAACAAAUGUGAAAAAGAAAAGGAUAAUAGUAUUUGGCCUGUUUUUGCGAUAGACAGUAUCUAACACGGAACCAAUCCAAACAAUGUACGUUUUGAUCUAAAAAGUGGUCAAAUUGCCCACAGUGUUUUCAUGAUUAGAAACAAAUCAUGAUUUGACAAAUAAUAGCACUCUAUCAACAAUUUAUCUCCACCCAUAAUUUAGCUCUAAAAUAUGUUUUUUCUUUUGUCUAAACAAAGUUCAAUGCUGCAUUCUAGUCAUAUUGGAAUUACAAGUUUGUUGCACACUGAUGCUUUUAACCCAUAAGAACCCAGACCCAUUUGUGCCACAAGUAAAAUGAUGGGGGUAUACUACAGACCAAGUGGAACACAUACAACAUAUUUCUGAUGGGGUUUUUUUGUUUUUUUUUAAUGCUACUAAUUAAUGUUAAAAGAUGUGUGAUUAUUACAUAUAUGUUACAUUAGGCGUUCAUGGUCAACCUGACACGUUUUUGUGCUUAGUACCACAAAUGUACUUUAAAUGAAAUAAAAUAACAUAUUUUGAUUAAAAAAUAAUUGAAACGGAGAAAUUGAUUGAGUGGCUUAUUAGCAUUUUUGCUAUUGUGACAAAAAUGUCACAUCAGGAACAUACUGUACGUACCCGUGAAUAUUCUCCUUUAUCCAGGUCAUUGUAUUUCCAUGGCAUUGAAUCAAACGCAACUGCACUGUUCAGGAGGUCUUAGAAGACGCUUGACCUGUCAUGCGAGCAGCCUUCAUCAGUUCAUGCUCAAAGACGAGAUAGGACAGCUCGAGUCUGACUACAGCAUGAGCUGUCCAUCUGUUCAUGUUCAAAAGCUACAUAGGACAGCUCUAGUCUGCCUAGAGCUAGAGCUGUCCUAUCUAGUCAUUGAGCAUGAACUGAUGAAGCCUGCUCGGAUGAGAGGCAAAACGUCUGCUAGGACAACUUGAACGGGCCAGUUGCAAUUGAUUCAAUGCCUUGAGAAAACUUCACUUCAGGCUUUCCAUAGCAAUUUUAUAGCUAAAAGCCCAAAGGUGGUAUUUUCCUAGCUUGUUUUAUAUGAAUCAAUUCGAGAAACAGUUGAAUUUUAACAUUUUACGCCGACUAUAUUAAAGCAUUAGGAUGGCUAAAUGGGUUUAAAAUGACGUUUAACAGCAAAAAAUACGAUUUUGGAAAUGAUCUAGCUUACAUGACACACUGCCAUUUCGGAGAAGCCAUAUCCUAGGAUAGUCACGUGACUGUCACAUGACAACCACGUAUACAAAUUUAAAAAAAUAUUUCCUAUAGGUCACUUAGGCACAAGCACAAAGCUGUAUAGGGCCCAUUUGAGGACAUUUCAAUUUUAUGGGUUCUUACGGGUUAAGGGGAUCAUGUGUUUGUAGAAGAUGUUGGGCCAUACAUUACUGUAGUGUGUAAAUUAGAAAUGUCCCUGUUACCUUGGAUGCAUCAUAAUUAUAUGUGCGGCUCAUGCUGCAUUCAUGUCAUACCCAUUCAAGUGAAGGAACAUGAGUAGAUUAACAUCUCAUAUUAUCCUGGUCGAUAGUUGUGUGCUAUAGGUAAAUAGAGGUUAUUACAUUCAAAUAAAAACAGAAAAAAAUCUAUAAUGACUUGCCACAUGUUUUGUGCAACGUAUAUUUAUGGUAAACCCAUUAUGAUCUGAACACAACAUAAGAGCUCUUCCAGGCAGAAUCAAACCCAGACUGAUUGAUUUGAGUUAGAAGAAGCAGGUUAUUACUGCCAUUGUACUGAGUGAUUCUUAACACUGGACUGAAAUCAGUGUCACAUUGCACACACUAUAAACUAUGACCAGCACUUGAAGCAAUUACACAGCAUUCUACUACAACUGUAUAAAAUAUAAUGUAAAGGAUGUUUUUUUCUGUAAUGAUAUUAUUGAAAAUGAAGAGGAAUUAAUAAAAUUCAUCCUGAUUAUUCUGUA